CUCGCAGUGCACAGCCGUGACCCAAUCACAACCCGCGGAUUGCAACACGCGACAAACCGACCGCGGCUUUCCCCCCCCCAAACCAACCUCGGCAUCUUCGCAUCACCUCCGCCCGCGCCGCCAACUUAAACCACCCAACUUUCCGACCCCGGAUUCCAGAUUCCAGACUAUCCACCCAUUCUACCAACAAUCACCGCUAUUCAACAUCCACUACAACCAACACAUUAAUCCUCCCACCAAACUACCAAACCAAACCAAAGAACAAAACAAAGGAAUCGCGAAAAGCGAAAAAUAAAAGAAUAAAAAUGUCCCAAACAUUCACCCCGGCCGACGUAUCCGCGCACAACAAUCCCGACAAGGGAAUGUACAUCAUCAUCGACAACAGCGUCUACGACGUCACCAAGUUCGUCGAUGAGCAUCCCGGUGGCGCGAAGAUCUUGAAAAGGGUAGCGGGAAAGGAUGCUUCGAAGCAGUUUUGGAAGUAUCACAAUGAGGGCGUGCUGAAGAAGUAUACGCCCAAGUUGAAGAUUGGGGAGGUUAAGGAGGCGGCGAAGCUGUGAGAUAUGGGGGUUUAUUGUCUAUUUGUCUUGUUGGAAUGGGGAUCUUUGCUGUUGAAGUUUGAUCACGCAUAUACACUUUAGAUGUCGGGAUGAUGAUGCUGCUGCUGCUUGGAGGGGGAGACUGCUCAUGGUUCAAACAGUCCUAGACCGUCUAUUACUAAUAACAUUAAACAAUAGCUAAUUAACUAGCUAAAUACUAUUCCCGCCAAUAUAACGA